GAAGCCAUGAAUGGCGGAGGAGACGCCCAAAACGGGUCAGCAAAGCAGCUGACGGCCGAAUCACUGCCCGUGUUCAACGAAGGAGUAUACUUGAUUCUCUCUCGAUGGUCGGCUCUCCAGCUCGCCAUCGAAGAAGAAUGGGCUGGCCGCCGCUCCCGCCAGUUGGCCGAUCAACUCGCUUCCGACAUCUUCUCCUGGUUCACCCAGCCCAAAGCUGAGCCGCUUUACAUCGAUGAUUUAGAGAACGUUCUCGACGAAGGGAUGCUUUCUCUGAAUUGCGAGAUUGACGAUGGUAGCGUAGAGGAGGUGGCAGAGAAGUUGAUGAUUAUGCAUGAGGAAUGUUUGGAAGGUGAUUAUAGCUCUGUUGAGAAGUUGAGAAGAGCAGGGCCUGCAGCAGGGACUCAACAACAUAUUAGACAGGCUGGCAAUGAUGAUAACGAUGACUCUUCGGAUGAUGGAAGUGAUGAUGAAGGUGAUAUGAUGCCUGGAAGUAGAUCAAAUAUUGCAGUGGAUUCGCCAGUUCCUCAGCCUAGGGCGAGUUCAGAGAACAUGCCUAAUGAAAGUCAGAUGGAGGAUGAUGGGUGGACGGUUGUUUCUUCCAAUCGAAACAAAGAUGAAAGCAACGAGAUGCAGAAAGUUUUCCACAUGAAAGGCGGAUUAGGGGAAGAGAGCUAUGCCCUUAACUCAAAAUCCCAGAGCGCCUACUUAUCCAGAGCGAUGCAGGUUCUGGAUCAAGCAGUUCUGGACCUCUGCACUGCCGGAUUUCCAGCCAACUCGUUUAACAUAGCAGACCUCGGAUGUUCUUCAGGACCAAACUCUCUGGUCGCGGCUGCGCAGAUCACAGGCAUCAUCCAUCAGAAGAGCUCCCAGCUCGGCCGAACGCCUCCGGAAUUCUCUGUCUUCCUGAACGAUCUUCCGGGAAAUGAUUUCAACACGGUUUUCAACUCCCUGCCGUCUUUCCAGGAGAAGCUGAAAACAGAGCAUGGGCAAGAUUUCGGGCCCUGUUAUGUUUCAGGCGUUCCGGGCUCUUUCUACGGCAGGCUUUUCCCCUCCAAUUCCCUCCAUUUCGUUCAUUCCGGCCAGUGCCUUCACUGGCUUUCCCAGGUUCCUCCAGAGCUGCGUGACAAACAGGAUCCGCUGAUAAACAAAGGGAAGGUUUUCAUCUCGAGAACGAGUUCACCUGCUGUAAUAGACGCUUACAAGUCCCAAUUCCAAAAGGACUUCUGCGCAUUCCUCCAGGCACGUUCAGAGGAAGUGGUUGCAGGUGGUAGAAUGGUGUUGCAGUUCAGGGGAAGACGUCUAGAAGACCCGGCCCCUGAUGAAAGUUGCUUGCUCUGGGAUUACCUAGGAUUGGCCUUCCAGGAAUUAGUUUCUGAGGGGCUCAUUCCUGAAGGGAAGCUUGACACUUACAACACGCCAUAUUACGAGGCGUUUACUGAAGACGUGAGAGCUGAGAUCGAGAGAGAAGGAUCGUUUGCUGUGGAUUGCCUGGAGACUAUCGUGAUCCCUUGGGAUGGGUGUAAUGGAGGAGUAAAGCAGUAUGACAGGGCGACCACAGCCAGGAACAUGGGGAAGGCAAUAAGAGCGGUGAACGAGGCAAUGAUUCGGAGCCAUUUCGGUGGAGGAGAUGUGGAGUUUGUGGACCGUUUGUUUCAGAAGUUUGGUAGAAUCAUGGUGGAUGACUCGAAGGAAGUUGAGCAUGUCAGUAUUGUUGUCUCUGUCAUCAAGAAGCAAUCAACCGUUUGAGCAUGUCCGUCAGUACAAUCGAUGGCUGUGCCUGUGUGUGAUCUGCUUAGUAAUAUCACUAAGCCAUGGGUUUAGUGACUAAACCCCACUCCCCUUGUUCACUUGUACUCAUUUCAGUUUUUAAGUGUAUAAUAAUUGAUUUCUAGUUCUAUGAAAAGGAUCUAUUCAGACUCCAUCUUCCCUGAG